UUCUCGGAUCAAUUAGAUUUGAGUGCCGUUCAAAAUCUUUGGAAUAAGCACCUUUGGCUAAGUGUUUUGAAAUAUAGCCUGUUUUACACUCUUUACUCAUCACAUAGGAAGACUGUUGCUUGCCAAAAUGUCCGGAUCUGCAAGUGCGAGGUUCUCAAUUGUUGAACUUCUUGGGGACAAACUAAAGAGCAAGGAUGAUGGAGAAAUUGCAACUGCAUCCAUAUGCGGAGAGGGGAAAUAUGUUGGCCUGUACUUCUCGGCGCAUUGGUGCCCGCCGUGCCAGGCAUUUACCCCCACGCUAGCAAAUUUCUACAAUACCUCUACUGUGCAGAAGGGGGAGAAAUUGUUAGAAAUCGUCUUCAUUAGUUCUGAUAAAAAUGAAGACCAAUUUGAUGAGUACUACAACAGGAUGCCAUGGCUCGCUCUACCGUACAACUUGCGAGAUAAAAAGAAUGAAGUGUCAAGGCGAUUCAAAGUGAGCGCUAUCCCGACGUUAAUCAUCUUGGACAGUGUUACGGGAGAGGUGACCUGUGUGGACGGUGUGGAUGAGGUCAAGUGUGACGGUGAGGGAAAGAAAUUCCCAUGGAAAUCCAGGCCAUUCCCAGAGAUUAUUACAGGAAACUUCAUAAACCAGGAGAUGAAGACUGUCACUUCGGAGAGUUUGAAAGACAAAGUUCUAGGAAUUUACUUUUCUGCUCACUGGUGUCCUCCAUGCAGAGUGUUCACCAAAGAGUUGAAGUCCACCUACGACAAGAUCAAGGAGUCAGGACAGUCCUUUGAGAUCAUCUUCGCCAGCCGAGACAGAGCAGAGGACGCCUUCAAAAACUACUUUGGGGAGAUGCCCUGGCUAGGUUUCCCUUUUGGAGAUAAGCGUAUCGGCGAGCUGGCUAAGCUCUUUUCUGUCCAAGGCAUACCCAAACUGGCUAUCGUGGAUGCGCAGGGAAAGGUCAUCACAGCAGAUGCACGAGGCUCAGUUACCAAGGAUCCAGAGGGCAAGGAGUUUCCAUGGUAUCCUAAGGCGUGCUGUGAGUUGGACGCUGUCUCUGCUGCUAUGGUCAAUGUGGAAUCUUGUCUUAUUCUCUUUACAGAGAUUGAAGAAGAUGAGGAGGGGGAGGAGUGUACAAGGAAGGCUAUGGAGAUGAUGAAACCCAUAGCAGAGGAGACAAAAGCUGCUGAGGAAGCAAAAGGCCAGGAACUCGCCUGCAAGUUCAUUGUAGCUGGUGACGAUGAGACGGUAGAGGGCCUACAGCAGUUCCUGAGCAUUGCCGAUGAGAGCCUGCCGAUGCUGGUGCUCCUGGACAUCCCCCGAGAGAGGGUCUCCUGCUGCGAGGGCAAAGAGAUCACUCCUGAUCUCAUCAGGGAAUACUACAGCAAGUUUGUCAAGGACGAGCUGCAGUGGACAACCCUCUCCCCAUAAUCAAGGAGAUAGAAGCUAGGAGAUACACGACCAUAGAGGGGCCAGUCGAUGAAAUGAACAGAGUUACAGGAUUUUUUGUAGGAUCCUCAUUGUGUCACUUCAUACUGACUU